CGCGGAAGUGCUGUAGCGGAAAUCAACGUCUUCUGCGGACCGUGGAUUAGCGUGUUCGCGCUAGCCCGCCGAACGAAUUGAUUUGCGAUUUCUGUUGUUUCGUCUUCGUCAGGUAAUCGCCAGCUUUAUAUGUCGAGCGGCGAUUUGUCGUCGGAGUCUGGCAUUAAAAGCGCUGGCUCUAAAUCGUGAAGCUAAUCUGUCGCGAGAGCUCGUCCCUCAGCGCAGUGCGACAAACGGCUAGCUUGAUCCGUUUUUCGGCUCCUCCAGCUGGUGCUUUUGUUGACUAGCUGGCAAGCCAGAUAUCCAAGGAACUGCGUAAAAAAAGGCAAAUGCGUACACAAUACUCCUGAAAACUUCGAUUUUUAUUUAUGCAACUAACAAAUGUGAGAGAAUGUAGCAAUGGACCAACGUCCCCACAAACGUAAUCCGAACUCCAGUCACAAUGACCACCAGUCCGCACACAAAAGAGGCAACAUCGGUAUUAAUAACUCUGAGCAUAAACGUUUCAAACCAAACCACAACCAGUGCCGACAUGGACCAGCCCCCCAACCACCCUCAUCCACUUCCCAGUGUUUGAGCACCAACAAGGCGCUAUAUGAAAGAGACUUUCCCAUAUACAAACAGCCUGCUGAAGUGGGGAGUUUUUCCCUGGACUCGAAACGCAGAUUUUAUAACGAUGCAAGGCAAAUGAGAUACUUUGUGGAACCUGACAGGAGUCCCAGUUUUGACCUGAGGGAUGGCUACACGGACCGAUUUGUGCAGAGAGAUGAUGGGGUGAAGGAGAGGCUGGACCACAUCCUACGGUGGAUCCUGGCAAACAGAUCCAAGUUUCAGACAAAGGUUACCACAGCCUCAUCCACAUCCGCUUGUGUAUUAGGUGUUGACUUUGUAACAUGGCGUGGCCACCUUACCAAACUGCUGACCACCCCGUAUGAGACACGGGAGGGCUGGCUGCUGGCAGUCACAAAGUUCAAGGGAACACUCUACAUCAGUGAAGUGGAAACAGAGGCCGCUCGUAGGGAAAAGGAGAAUCGCACCGAGAAGCAUAAAGAAAUGAUGUAUUGGGGAUACAAAUUUGAGCAGUACACAUGUGCAGAUAACAUCCACAGUUUGCCUGACCCCGGUGGGAUAGUUAACACUAACGAGGCCUUCUGCACUGUGGUCCAGACCCGGCUUGCAGAUCACAGACUGUUGUUUUCUGGAGAAGUGGACUGCAAGGAUAAGGAUCCAAAGGCUCUCCGUCCUCCUGCCUGCUACAUCGAGCUUAAGACCUCUGCAGAGAUCUGCACCCCCAAACAACGCAGCAACUUCCAUAGAUUCAAACUGCUGAAGUGGUGGGCCCAGUCCUUUCUACCCGGAGUCCCUCGUAUUGUAGCUGGUUUUCGGGACCCUGAAGGUGUGGUUGUGGCCAUGGAGACUUUUCACAUCUCCAAGAUAUCACAUCUUAUCAAGAAUGAAUACAACUGCUGGAAGCCAACAGUGUGCAUGAACUUUUGCUGUGAUUUCCUGUCUUUUGCGAAGAGUGUUGUCACAGAAGACAAUCCAAGUGUGGUUUACCUGUUUUCCUGGGAGCCCCAUAGAGAUGUUACCUACUUUAUCCACAGGGACUCGCAGUACUCCUUCCUACCACACUGGUAUGUAGAGGAGAUGACCAGUGGUCAACAUUCACACCAGUGAUAAG